AGCCCUCGACCUUCCAACCAGCCAGGCUUCUCCGAGGUGAGGACUCCUGUCUGCUGAGACGCUGGAAAACCUAGUUUGGGAGAAGAGUGAAGAUACAGUUGAUGCUGAACGACAGCCAAGGAUGAAGCGGCGAGCAUCAGACAGAGGAGCUGGGGAAACAUCCACUAAGGCAAAAGCUCUUUGUACAGGGAUCUCUGGAAAUAAUGCCAAGAGAGCGGGCCCUUUCAUACUGGGUCCACGUUUAGGUAACUCCCCUGUGCCAAGUAUUGUUCAGUGUUUGGCAAGGAAGGAUGGGACAGAUGACUUUUAUCAGCUAAAGAUUCUCACCUUAGAAGAAAGGGGGGAUAAAGGAAUAGAAACACAGGAAGAACGACAGGGCAAGAUGCUGCUGCACACGGAGUAUUCUCUCCUUUCCCUGCUCCACAAUCAGGAAGGAGUGGUUCAUCACCAUGGGCUCUUCCAGGACCGAGCUUGCGAAAUUAUAGAAGAUCUGGAAGCCAACAGAAUGGUCAGAAAAAUGAAGAAGCGCAUUUGCCUUGUGUUAGACUGUCUCUGUGCUCAUGAUUUCAGCGACAAAACAGCAGAUCUGAUCAAUCUGCAGCAUUAUGUGAUUAAGGAGAAGAGGCUCAGCGAGCGAGAGACGGUUGUGAUAUUUUAUGACGUGGUACGAGUGGUGGAAGCAUUACAUAAGAAAAAUAUUGUGCACAGAGACUUGAAACUAGGAAACAUGGUGCUAAACAAAAGGACUCAUCGGAUAACCAUAACGAACUUCUGCCUGGGGAAGCACCUGGUGAGUGAGGAUGACCUUCUGAAGGACCAGCGGGGGAGCCCUGCCUACAUCAGCCCCGAUGUGCUCAGCGGUCGGCCGUACCGUGGCAAACCCAGCGACAUGUGGGCGCUGGGCGUCGUGCUCUUCACCAUGCUCUAUGGCCAGUUCCCCUUCUAUGACAGCAUACCUCAGGAGCUCUUCCGCAAAAUCAAGGCUGCCGAGUACACCAUCCCUGAGGAUGGUCGGGUCUCAGAGAACACUGUGUGCUUGAUCCGAAAACUGCUCGUCUUGGAUCCGCAGCAGCGCCUGACAGCUUCUGAAGUGCUGGAUUCUCUCAGCUCCAUCAUAGCAUCCUGGUAUGUUGCAGAGGAUGAGCUCCUCGAGCUCCAGCUGCGGUCAGCACAGGGCAUCAGAGGAUGUGCUGUGGGAGCUGCAGAAAAGCAUUAAAUCCUGUAUGUGAAGCUCUGGGGGCUGCUGGUGGUGCACACUCGGUGCCCGUGCUGUCACACAGACUGCGCUCAUGGAGUUACAGAGCACUGCUGGGUGCAGGAGGGCUUUUGUUGCUGUGCUCCCCAGCUCACCCCAUAUUUGACUCUUAAAUCUGAGUGGUCAGGAAUAUCACACACGUACAUGCAGCCAAAUCUAGAUGCUUCCCGUAAGCUCAUGAGGGGCUCUGCACUGCCCCUAAGUGUAAGCAAGCAGAUCUCCAAGAAGAGAAGAGCAGGAGACACUGCUACAGAGGAGCACUCUACAUUGCAGGGUGAGAGGCCUUUUAAGGAUAAAUCUGGUGCCAGGACUGGCACGGACAACAGACAGAGAGGUUCCAGGAGCACGCUCCAGCAGAAACUCAUCCCGACAGUCUGUGAUUUGUGCAGCCCUCUCCCCAGCCCUGCGACCUUCUGUCUGCUCCGAGCAGCACAGCCAGGCCAAGUUCUUGUUCUGCUUGUUGAG